CUCUCUCUCUCUCUCUCUCUCUCUCUCUCUCAACCAAUACAAUUGAGGUUUAUUCAACACAAGAAAGAGGCACUCUGGUUCUAUAGGAUAGUCUCCAUAUUCUAUGACACCCUUGCAAACCCUCAACAAUAUACAGAAGAGAUGAGAGAGGAAGCCCUAGAGACCUUAGACCUAUAUGACCAAAACCUAACAGUGGUAGACAUUGGUGGUGGAACUGGGUUCACUACUUGUGGUGUUGCUAAGCAUGUAGAUGCCAAGAAUGUUACCAUUCUAGACCAAUCCCCUCACCAACUUGCCAAGGCAAAGGAGAAGGAACCCUUGAAGCACUGCACCAUCAUUGAAGGUGAUGCUGAAGAUCUUCCCUUCCCUACAGAUUAUGCUGAUAGAUAUGUGUCUGCAGGAAGUAUUGAAUACUGGCCUGACCCACAAAGAGGCAUCACUGAAGCAUAUAGGGUCUUGAAACCUAGUGGAAAGGCUUGUAUGAUUGGGCCUGUGUACCCAACCUAUUGGUUGUCUUGUUUCUUUGCAGAUAUGUGGAUGCUCUUUCCAAAGGAAGAAGAGUAUAUUGAAUGGUUUGAAAGGGCUGGAUUCAAAGAGAUUCAAUUGAAAAGGAUUGGUCCAAAUUGGUUUAGAGGGGUACGUCGACAUGGGUUAAUUAUUGGAUGUGCUGUAACAGGAGUGAAGCCAGUGCCAGGAGAUUCUCCUCUACAGAUGGGUCCGAAGGUAGAGGAUUUGAAGAAGAGUGUGAGUCCUUUUCUUUUCUUUCUACGUUUUCUUGUGGGUACUAUGGCAGGGAUAUGCUAUGUUCACAUAUCUACCUACAUGUGGAUCAAAGAUCUUAUUGUUCCCAAAGGGAUGCCUAUUUGA